AAUGCACUUGAGAAGAAAGAGCUGAGCCACUUGUCAGAGCAUCUGAUACCAGGCACAGUCAUUGUGACUUCAAGGCAGGCUGCAUGCCAACCCGUCAGGGUCUCGCUCUGUGUGCAAAAACCACUGACAGACUAGUAUGUACCAUGCCUUGCAGACACAACACAUUUCAUUCUUGCAGCCGUGCCUGGACUCUUCUGCUUCAGCAAAAGAAGAGCUGCCUUAGAAUAGCUGCUGACGUCACAUAGGUGUCAAUUGGCAACCACUGUGACAAUGAACGAUGUGUCCCCUUCUGUGUCUGCGCCAGCUAUUUAACUGCCUGCUUCACUUUCAAGUUCAAAGUAUCUAAGCGGUGGCACUUUCACAGCCAGAGAAAGAAGGCAGUCAAUGAGAUCUGCAGAGUAAGGGCAAUGGGAGACUUGUAGUAACGGGGGAUAACAAUCCUAGACACUGGAGGAGGUAUGAAUAUUGCCUGACAUGACAGCAGUUUUCCUAUCACCGUUUGUCAGAUGGGGCUGUUUAAACAGGGCUGGCCCUUGUUCAGACAGUCACCUUUAUAGUCCAUUACAUAUUUGCUCAUUGAAGACCUUUUGGGUCUGCCAAAUUCAUGGAUAAAAAAAGAAAUCCAUGUCUUUUUUUUUUAUACUAUUUUUUAUACUAUGGUGAGGAUUUAUUACUACUUAUUAUGAGUUUAGGGCUAGUGGUUGGACAGGUCCAGUGUUGCACAGAAGAAUGUCACUGUGAGCACUUGAUAGUGAACUGCACAGACAAGCAGAUGGAAGAGUUUCCCACGGCUAUCCCAAUGGACACCAGGCAGCUGGUUCUAACUCGCAAUAAUCUCACAUAUCUUCCUUCUGUGGAACUAAACCUCUUGAUUGAACUGGUGUACUUAGACUGCAGCCGCAAUAUGCUGGGAGAUUAUUUGGAGGCUACGUUCGUUGCCUUGCCCUUGGUUUACCUGGACCUGAGCCACAACAACAUAUCCAAAAUAACUGCAAAUACAUUUUAUCUUCUCACCAGCCUCGUAGUUUUAAAGAUUUCGGACAACCCCAAUCUGCAAGAGAUUGAGAAGGACUCCUUUGCCAACAAUACAGGGCUACGGCACCUGGACCUGAGUCGAACAGCCCUGACCUAUCUGGAUGUGAGUACAGUGAGCUCACUGCCAAGUCUACGGACACUAGGCCUCAGCUUUAACCCUUGGGACUGUUACUGCCCUCUGAAAGAAUUCCUCAAGUGGGCGAUGGAGACUGAGCUUUACUUCAUAGAUGCAGAAAAUAUGACGUGUAACACUCCCAUCCAUAUAUAUGGCCUGCUUCUGAAAGACACAGAACCCCACAUCAACCUAAUGUGCAUUCCCAACCUCUACGAGCGAGACUACCUCUUCCUCGGACUGGUGGGAUUUGUCAUCUUUGGUUCUGGCACUGUUAUAGCAUGGCUGACUGGUGUUUGCGUGGUCAUCUAUGACCGUCUGUGUGGCUCCUCAGAUGAUGAUGAAGACGAAGAUGAUGAACGUCCUCCACCCCCAAAACCAAAGAAAAAAGAAGAAUCAGAUGUAUAGAAACAUGUGUAGAUGCCAACAGGGUUCAGCAACACAGCAAAUCUGUUGUGCAGCUAAACAUAGAUAGUGGAUAAGAGAAUCAUCUUCUGAUAGAUAAAGGAGAUAAUAAAUGGACCUGCUUUGCAAUGAUUAGCUGUAGUAGCUUGGCUGGAAAUCAAACAACUCCAGAACCAUAUCAUGCACUUAUAUAGAGGUCACUUGGUCAGGCUUCCUAUAAACAGGUUAAAAUAUAGUGAAAACAACUGCAGCUUCAUUUUGGUAAAUUCAACGAUGAAUAGAUAUCAUCUAUAUGAGAGUCCACAGUUUGCACUGAGUAGUUAUAUAUUUAACAUAACUGAUCACUACAGACAAAUGAGCAGCAGCGUGGUCUCAUGGUUAGUAUUUCUGCCUUGCAGGAACAGUGUGGUCGGUUUAUUCCAAACUAGAGUGUUAUCAUGGAGUUUGAUUGUUCUCCCUGUGUCUGUGUGAAUUUUCUCACACACUAAAAAUAUAAUACAGCCAAGUUAACUGGCUCCCAAUGAAGUUGCCCUUACUUUGUUUGUGCUUGUGGUAUUGGCCAUAAAUUGUAAGCUCUGGUGGGAAAGGGACAGGUGUGAAUGUGGAGGAAGAAUUUCUGCAAAGCCCCAUGCAAUUUUUCAACUAUCUACAAGAAAGCAUAAUACUGCCCUUGCCCACCCCAAAACACCUGUAUUAAUACUAUUAAAUACUAGCUAAUAUUAAUGAAUACCAGGGGGUCAGGGUAUUGCGGAGUGGCUUACUCCUGAUCAGGAAUUUGCUACAUGCCUUUCAUGCUGUUUUACUGAUAUCUCACUCAAUAAAAUUCAGUGAAAUAUCAUUCUAGUACUGUAUCCACCCUCACGGUGCUACCAUACCUAACCUCAUGGUGCUACUAUACCUACCCUCACUGUGCUACUGUACAUAACCUCACUGUGCUACUGUACAUAACCUCACACUGUCUUCUGUUCAUUAAGACCUGAUUAUCAGUUAAUUUGGGUUAAAAAAAGAUGAACGUCAAGGUCAAACUCUCCAAAUGAACCCCAGUGCACAUACAUGAACUUAUUUAUACAGAUCUAUCUACACAUUCACACACAUAUAACUAUACAUACCAAUACCUAUACUAACUAACUGUAGGUCUUAAAAUCACUUUAGCCUUGGAUAUAAUAAUUGUUUAAGAAAUUAUCCAAGCCACUGUUAAAGACAUUAAUAGAAUUCAACCUCACUGUGAAGAACCACCUACGCUGCUUAAAGUUUAGCUCAUCAUAUGUCUAUAUCACCCUUCCAUUCUCCCUAAAGUUUAGUUGCACAUCUUUGCACUCUUUCCAGCUUAUUUGUAUCCUUCUUAAGGACUGGAGCCAAA